AUGCUGAGGGCGCUAGGCUGGAUCGUUGUUCCCAGCGGUCGGCCCAACACGCGGAACACCGAGGUGUCGUUGCAGUCGCCAUCCGUCUUGUUGGACCUGGCAAGGGCACUAAAGGCGGCGGUGAGAAGGCCGGAGGAGUUCAUCGGCCUGGUCUUUGGCUCUGGUAACGCAAGCUGGGUCAAGCGGUGUGCAAGCAUCAUCAAGGACAGCCCGAGCUUCGGCUACGUCACCCUCGGUCCCCAGUCGCAGUGCCAGGUCCUCCGUCAUCAGCGGCAGCGCCACCUCUUGAACCAGCCUGCUAAGGCCCUUGACAGCAUCCACGCCAACAUCGGCGACCCUGCGGUUCACAACCAAGACGCUCCCAAUCGCAGGGUCGUUCCAGGAAGACCUCAGCCCGGCCAACUUCCCCUCUUUGACGCCAAGCCGGAGGAGGAGGUUGCGCGCCUCGGGGUUACUACGGUCGUCUGCCAACCCCGCCGCCGUCGAAGCACCCUCGCGCCGGUACGCACCUGCCACCCAGUCUCUGCCAAGCACAUCGGCGGUAUCAAGCGGGUCGUCACCCUCCAGAUUAAACAACGGGUGCAUCCCAGGGACGGCAACCGGGACAAAAGUAGCCUCACGGCGGGCGAGGCGGUCGCCGACGCAGUUCACCCGAACCCCCAUCACCUUGCCGGACCGCUCCUCCAUCACCCACUGGGCGAGGUGGGUGCGCGAGCCCACCCCGUCGAUCAUGGAGCCUUGGCCUUCCAAGUAGUGGCCCAGGAAGUCAAUGGCGUCUCGGUACACCGUGAGAUCGACGUCCCGUAG